AUGAAAAUAAAUUCAAUAGAUUGUAUAAAUCAUAUAUCACAACCUCCUAAUCCUUAUGACAGAAAUAAUGAAGUUAUUUCUAGUCAAAACAAUAACAGUAAUAACAGGUUUUGUCAAGUAAAUCAUUAUGGUUUAUAUUAUUUCAUUUCGUUAUUUAUUUUAUUUUUAUUUAUUAGCUUUUACAUUUACUUGAUUUUUUAUUCGAAUUCAUUUAAACAGGUAAUAAUUAAUAUUGCCGUGUUUUACCCUAGGGAUACGACCCGUGAUGACAUAUUGUGUGAAGUAAGACUUAAUCUUACUUGUAUCUGUUGCGUUGUUAAUAGUGUUGUUGUUUACUAA